AUGUACUCGCUGCCGGCCCUGCCGUACGCCUACAAUGCGCUUGAGCCCAAUAUCUCCGCCCAAAUCAUGGAACUGCACCACAAACGCCACCACCAGGCCUAUGUUGACAACCUUAACAAGGCCCUGCAGUCACUAACCGCAGCCGUCGCGACGGGGGAUGCCGCCAUGCAGGUGUCCCUCCAGGAGGCUAUCCGAUUCAACGGCGGCGGUCAUAUCAACCACUCGCUGUUCUGGCAGAACCUUGCUCCGGCCGGUAGCCCCGAGUCGGAUCCUUCGGGCGCUGCCGCCCCGACUCUGGUCCAGGAUAUCAACCAGACUUGGGGCAGUGUUGAUAACUUCAAGACGGUCUUUUCGGCUGCGCUGCUGGCCAUCAAAGGCAGCGGCUGGGGAUGGCUAGUGCUGGAGCCAGCCACAGGCUUGCACAUCGUGACAACCAAGGACCAGGACUCACCUGUCGGCGGCGAGAUUCCCAUCUUGGGCGUCGACAUGUGGGAGCACGCCUACUACCUGCAGUACCUGAAUGGUAAGGCGGCCUAUGUCGAAAACAUCUGGAAGGUCAUCAACUGGCAGACAGCAGAGAAACGGUAUCUGCGCGGACCGCCGGAUGCGGCCAAGAUGAUUGCUGAAGCUGUUUGA